AUGAUCAACCAAUCCGAAACCGGCCUCCCCUCCGGCUGGGAAGUUCGACACUCCAACUCCAAAAACCUCCCAUACUACUUCAACCCCAUCACCAAGGAAUCGAGAUGGGAACCCCCCUCCAACACUGACACCGAAAAACUCAAAGAAUACAUGGCUCAGCACCACAGCGGGCUUGCAGAGCGUAAUAAUGCCGCCACCGGAGUCACCAGCGCGGGUGUGGGCUCGAGCUCAGCCGAUGGCAAGAUUCGCGCCAGCCAUCUCCUAAUCAAGCAUCAAGGUAGUCGCCGGCCGAGCAGCUGGCGGGAGGCGGAGAUUACGCGGUCCAAGGAGGAGGCGCUGGAGAUUCUGAGAAGGCAUGAAGAGAGUAUUCGAUCGGGGGAGAAGACGUUGGGGGAUAUUGCGAUGUCGGAAUCGGAUUGUAGUAGUGCGAGGAAGAGGGGUGAUUUGGGAUUUUUCGGUCGAGGUGAGAUGCAGGCUGAAUUCGAAGAGGCUGCGUUUGCUCUUGAGCCGGGACAGGUUAGUGGGAUUGUGGAGACGGCUUCAGGGGUUCAUCUCAUUGAACGAUUGCAGUGA